UCAUAAUCUAUAAUUAAUUUACUUUCGAUAUAACGGAUUUCUCGAUUUAACGAAUUUUUAACAAAUUUUACUAAUGGAACGGAUGGUUUCAUUAUAUCGAAUUUCACUGUGUAUUAUAUUAACUUUAUAAAAAAAAAUGUUGCAAUAUUUUUUUUCCUGUUUUACGGAUACCACACAAGAUUGUGUAUUUUGUGACCUAACUGACAAAAAGAUAGUUUAUGAAGAUGAAAGAAUUGUCGCAUUUCAUGAUAUAAGUCCGGCCGCUAAAUUACAUUUAUUGAUUAUUCCUAGAAAUCAUAUAGAUAACGUAGAUUCUUUAACACCAAAUGAUGCUCCUUUAUUAAAACAUAUGAUUGAUACAGGGAAUCAACUUCUAUCCGAAUCCGGUUAUCAAUUAUCAGAAAGAAGAGUAGGAUUUCACGUUCCUCCUUAUAAUAGUGUUCAUCAUUUACAUUUACAUUGUAUCGGCCUUCCUUAUAGAAAUAUAUUCUAUUCAACAAAAUAUACGGAAUUGGUGCAUUGGUAUUCCAGCGGUGAAAAGAUAUUGAAAUCUUUAUCAUCAUCUACUGAAUAGAACAUAGCAUGGACUUAAUUUAAUUUAAUCUUUUAAAAUUAAUAAUUAAUUUAUGGAAACAAAAUAUAGAAAAUAAUUAAAAUAAUUAAAAUAAUUAGAAAAGUAAAAAACUUUUUUUAAAAAAAAUUACAAACAAAAAUAAAGACAAUUCACAUAAUUUAUUUUUG